AUCUUAUAGUUCUGAGAUUGGCCCCAAAGCAUACUUGAAAAGGAUAACCAAGACCAGACAAGAUGGAGACGCUCAACCUCACCAACUACUCCAACCUCGGCUCAGACAAUGAAAGCAGCAGUCUCUUCUCUGGGAGUCCCUAUAAGACGGUAGAGAUCGUCCUCAUCAUCCUGGUGGCCGGGUCACUCAGCCUCGUCACCAUCAUUGGCAACAUCCUGGUUAUGCUCUCCAUAAAGGUCAAUAGGAACCUCCAGACUGUCAACAACUAUUUCCUGUUCAGCCUAGCCUGUGCUGACCUCAUUAUUGGCCUGUGCUCCAUGAACCUCUACACUGUCUACAUUGUGAUUGGACACUGGCCCUUAGGCCCGGUCGUGUGCGACCUGUGGUUGUCCAUUGAUUACGUGGUCAGCAACGCCUCAGUUAUGAACCUCCUCAUCAUUAGCUUUGACCGCUACUUCUGCAUCACCAAGCCUCUCAGCUAUCCGGUGCGCCGCAGCACCAUGAUGGCGGGGAUGAUGAUUGCGGCGGCCUGGGUGCUGUCAUUCGUACUAUGGGCUCCUGCCAUCUUGUUCUGGCAGUUCUUCGCGGGUGGGCGGACGGUGCCGCCUGGCGAGUGCUACAUCCAGUUCUUCUCCAACGCAACGGUGACGUUUGGCACGGCCAUCGCGGCCUUCUACCUGCCUGUGGCCAUCAUGAUCAGUCUCUACUGGCGCAUAUCCAAGGCCAGUCGCAGCCGGGUACGGAGGAACAGCAGGAAACCUUCAGGGAAUAGCCUGGGAGAAGGCCCAUCGCAGAGCCAGGAGGAUGGGUGCAGGGCCCAGCCCAAUGACUGCACUGUGACUGGGGAGGAGGAGGAGGAGGGUGGGGAUGGAGAGAAGGUCGAGGAGGGGGUCCAGCAGCAGAAUGACAGGGAGCCCUGCAGAGGGGAAGGGCCAGACAGAGAUAGCUCUACCACAACAGUCAGCAACCUUGCCUCAUCAUCCAAUCAAAAGAAAGAGCCUGGCCUAUCACAGAAGGGGUCAAACGGUGAGGCCAAAUCCAGCCAGACGCGGUGUUGCUAUCAGAACCAGGCCAAAGGCUGUGGGCCCAAACUCUCCUGUAUCAGAAGCAACUCCCGGCCUGAGGGAGAGACAUACAAAGCCACGCACAGCAACACAGAUUACACCCCUGCAACAGAGAAACAUAGCCUGGUGACACGGACGCUGUUAAAGGUGACAAAGACGAACUCCAAGCAGAGCCCCAAGAGGAAGACGAAGAAGAAAAAGGGCCCUCCGUCCCGGGAGAAGAAGGUGACGCGCACCAUCAUGGCCAUUCUGGUGGCGUUCGUGGCCACGUGGACACCUUACAAUGUGAUGGUGCUCAUCAACACCUUCUGCUCCAGCUGCAUCCCCAACUCGCUGUGGACCAUUGGCUACUGGCUGUGCUACAUCAACAGUACCGUCAACCCGGCCUGCUACGCCCUGUGCAACACCACCUUCAAGAACACCUUCAGACAGCUGCUGCUCUGCCAGUACAGGAACAUACGCACGAUGAGGUCAUGAGGACCAGGGGGUCAGGGGUCAUGGCUGCGAAGCUGCUGUCUUGAUUCACUCAGAUACUCACAGAUCUGAUAGGACUGGAUAGGUGAAAGUAGGUGAAGCUAUUGUUUAGACCUACCCAGUCAUCUUUGAUCUGUGCAGAGGCUGAACCAGAGCAGAAGGAGAGGGGAGACAACUUCUUAGAAUGAAAUGCAGCUCAGAUGUGUAUCUAUCUAUGUUGGUUGUGGUUUUAUAUGAGUAGGUUCCAAAUUAGACUGCUAUCCUCAUGAAACGUUUGGUUUCAACAUGGUGGCUAAACUCGGUUUACAUAAUGGCUGUCUAUGUUAUGUUUUGGGUAUGUCUACUCUAUGGUAUGAAUUUGGAUAUCUCGGGUAUGUCUGGGUGAUUCUGUCUGAUGUCUUGUGAUAGCUUGUUGUCCAGUGCUUGUUUGAUAAACAGGUGCAGUGGCAGAGGUUUGCUCAGAGCUGUUUCUGCACUGUUCAGACACUUAAGGUUUGUUUGUUGAUAUACUAUGACACAUGGUUAUAGAUGUUCCCCUAUGUACAGUUGAAGUCAGAAGUUCACAUACACCUUAGCCAAAUACAUUUAAACUCAGUUUUCUCAAUUCCUGACAUUUAAUCCUAGUAAAAAUUCCCAAUUUUAGGUCAGUUAGGAUCACCACUUUAUUUUAAGAAUGUGAAAUGUCAGAAUAAUAGUAGAGAGAAUGAUUUAUUUCAGCUUUUAUUUCUUUCAUCACAUUCCCAGUGGGUCAGAAGUGUACAUACACACAAUUAGUAUUUGGUAGCAUUGUCUUUUAACUUGGAUCAAACUUUUCAGGUAGCCUUCCACAAGCUUCCCACAAUAAAUUGGGUGGAUUAUGGCCCAUUCCUCCUAGGAGACAGAAUGCGUCUUCUUCCUGAGCGGUAUGAUGGCUACGUGUUCCCAUGGUGUUUAUAAUUGCGUACUAUUGUUUGUACAGAUAAACGAGGUACCUUCAGGCGUUUGGAAAUUGCCCCCCCAAGGAUGAACCAGACUUGUGGAGGUCUACAAUUGUUUUUCUGAGGUCUUGAUUUCUUUUGAUUUUCCCAUGAUAUCAAGCAAAGAGGCAAUGAGUUUGAAGGUAGGCCUUUAAAUACAUCCACAGGUACAGCUCCAAUUGACUCAAAUGAUUUCAAUUAGCCUAUCAGAAGCUUCUAAAGCCAUGAAAUAAUUUUCUGGAAUUUUCCAAGCUGUUUAAAGGCACAGUCAACUUAGUGUAUGUAAACUUCUGACCCACCGGAAUUGUGAUACAGUGAAUUAUAAGUGAAAUAAUCUGUCUGUAAACAAUUGUAGGAACAAUGACGUGUGUCACGCACAAAGUAGAUGUCCUAACUGACUUGCCAAAACUAUAGUUUGUUAACAAGAAAUUUGUGGAGUGAAAAACGGGUUUUAAUGACUCCAACCUAAGUGUAUGUAAACUUCCGACUCCAGCUGUAAGUAUAAAUGAGGUUUAGAUUGUUCAAAAAAGAUGUGUAAGUAUUCUGAGAAAGAACAUAAAAACACUAGUACUGUUGAUAUAUAUCUAGGAGAAGAAGAGGGAAGAGAGAGAAGAGAGGAAGAAGACUGAGAAAGCACAGCCAAAACCAACAGAUUCAGAGAAACAUAAGACUACGAAUACAUCUGUAAAUAUACAGUACCAGUCAAAAGUUUGGACACACCUACUCAUUCAAGGAUUUUAUUUUUUACUAUUUUCUACAUUGUAGAAUAAUCGUGAAGACAUAACAACUAUGAAAUUACACAUGGAAUCAUGUAGUAACCAAAUAAGUGUUCAACAUUUUAUAUUAGAGAUUCUUCAAAGUAGCCACCCUUUUUCUUGAUGACAGCUUUGCACACUCUUGGCAUUCUCUCAACUAGCUUCACCUGGAAUGCUUUUCCAACAGUCUUGAAGGAGCACUUGUUGGCUGCUUUUCCUUCACUCUGCGGUCCGACUCAUCCCAAACCAUCUCAAUUGGGUUGAGGUCGGGUGAUUAUGGAGGUCAGGUCUCUCCUUCUUGGUCAAAUAGCCAUUACACAGCCUGGAGGUGUGUUUGGGGUCAUCGCACAUUUGGACUCAUCAGACCUAAAGACAGAUUUCCACCGGUCUAAUGUCCAUUGCGCAUGUUUUUUGGCUCAAGAAAGUCUCUUCUUCUUAUUGGUGUCCUGUAGUAGUGGUUUCCUUGCAGCAUUUCGACAAUGAAGGCCUGAUUCACGCAGUCUCCUCUGAACAGUUGAUGUUGAGAUGUGUCUGUUACUUGUGAGGCAUUUAUUUGGGCUGCAAUCUGAGGUGCAUUCGAAUGAACUUAUCCUAUGCAGCAGAGGUAACUCUGGGUCUUCCUUUCCCGCGGCGGUCCUCAUGAGAGCCAGUUUCAUCAUAGGGCUUGAUGGUCUUUGUGACUGCACUUGAAUAAACUUUUAGUUCUUCAAAUUUUCUGGAUUGACUGACCAUGUCUUAAAAGUAACGAUGGACUGUUGUUUCUCUUUGCUUAUUUGAGCUGUUCUUGCCAUAAUAUGGACUUGGUCUUUUACCAAAUAGGGCUAUUUUCUGUAUACCCCACUCUACCUUGUCACAACACUAAUUGGCUCAAACAUAUUAGGAAGGAAAGAAAUUCCACAAAUUAUCUUUACAAAGGCACACCUAUUAAUUGAAAUGCAUCCCAGGCCUUUUGAACCUGAUUGAGAUAAUGCCAAGAGUGUGCAAAGCUGUCAUCAAGGGAAAGGGUGGCUACUUUGAAGAAUCUCUAAUAUAAAAUAUAUUUGGAUUUGUUUAAGACUUUUCUGGUUACCACAUGAUUCCAUAUGUGUUAUUUCAUAGUUUUUAUAUCUGUAUUAUUCUACAAUGUAGAAAAUAGGAUAAAAAAAAAAAACCUGGAAUGAGUAGGCGUGUCCAAACUUAUGACUGGUACUGUAUGCAACUACACUGUAUAUACAAAAGUACGUCGACAACCCUUCAAAUUAGUGGAUUCGGCUAUUUCAGCAACACCCAUUGCUGACAGGUAUACAAAAUCUAGGACACAGCCAUGCAAUCUCCAUAGACAAACAUUGGCAGUAGAAUGGCCUUACUGAAGAGCUCAGUGACUUUCAACGUAGCACCUUCAUAGGAUGCCACCUUUCCAACAAGUCAGUUUGUCAAACUUCUGCCCUGCUAGAGCUGCCCCGGUCAACUGUAAGUGCUGUUAUUGUGAAGUGGAAUUGUCUAGGAGCAACAACGGCUCAGAUGGGACCGCCGAGUGCUGAAGCGCGACAAAAUCAUCUGUCCUUGGUUGCAAAACUCACUACCGAGUUCCAAACUGCCUCUGGAAGCAACGUCAGCACAAAAACUGUUUGUCGGGAGCUUCAUGAAAUGGGUUUCCAUGGCCCAGCAGCCACACACAAGCCUAAGAUCACCAUGGGCAAUGCCAAGUGUCGGCUGGAGUGAUGAAUCACGCUUCACCAUCUGGCAGUCCGACGGACGAAUUUGGUUUUGGCGGAUGCCAAGAGAACGCUACCUCCCCAAAUGUAUAGUGCCGAUUGUAAAGUUUGGUGGAGGAGGAAUCGUGGUCUGGUGCUGUUUUUCAUGGCUCAGGCUAUGCCCCAUAGUUCCAGUGAAUGGAAAUAUUAAUGCUACAGCAUACAAUGACAUUCUAGAUGAUUCUGUGCUUCCAACUUUGUGGCAAUAGUUUGGGGAAGGCUCUCUUCCUGUUUCAGCUUGACAACAUCCUGUGCACAAAGCGGGGUCCAUAUAGAAAUGGUUUGUCGAGAUCAGUGUGGACCUCACUGAUGCUCUUGUGGCUGAAUGGAAGACGGUCCCUGCAGGAAUGAUCCAACAUCUAGUGGAAAGUCUUCCCAGAGUAGUGGAGGCAACUACAUAUUAAUGCCCAUGAUAUGUCAAUGAGAUGUUCGAAGAGCAGAUGUCCACAUACUUCUGGUCAUGUUGUGUAUCAGUGAGUGAGUCUGCGCACAUCGUGCUUCUGCACAUGUACAGGGCCUUCAGAAAGUAUUCACAGCCCUUUACUUUAUCCACCUUUUGUUGUGUUACAGCUUGAAUUUAAAAUGGGAUGAUACAAGAUUUUGUUCCACUUGCCUACACACAAUACCCCAUAAUGUCAAAGUGGACUUUGUUUUUAGAAAUGUUUACAAAUUAAUACAAAUGAAUUUUGUCAGUUAGUAUUCAACCGAUUUAUUAUGACAAGCCUAAAUAAAAAUGUGCUUAACAAGUCACAUAAAAAGUUGCAUGGACUCACUCUGUGUGCAGUAAUAGUAUUUAACAUGAUUUUGUAUUAUGACUAUGAUGUCAUAUCUGUACCCUACACAAGUGAAUUUCACCUAUUGGUAGACGGGUAAAAAAUAACAUAAGCAGACAUUGAAUAUCCCUUUGAGCCUGGUGAUGGUAAUAAUUACACUUUGGAUGGUGUAUCAAUACACCCAGUCACUACAAAGAUACAGGAGUCCUUCCAAAUUAAAUUGCCGGAGAUGACGUAAACCGAUCAGGGAUUUCACCAUGAGGCCAAUGGUGACUUUAAAACAGUUACAGAGUUUAAUAGCUGUGAUAGGAUAGAAUGAAAAUAAGGAAGAACAGAAUACAAAUAUUCCAAAACACACAUCCUGUUUGCAAUAAGGCACUAAAGUAAAACUGCCUAAAAAAACACAUUUUUGUCCUGUUUUGGGCAAAUUCAACACGCCACAUCACUGAGUACCACUCUUCAUACUUUAAAGCAUGGUCGUGGCUGCAUCUUGUUAUUCGUAUUUUUGUCAUCAGCAAGGACUAGGUCGUUAUUUGGGUGGAUAAAAAUAAACAAAAUAGAGCUAAGCACAGGAAAAAUCCUAGAGGAAACUUGGUUCAUUCUGCUUUCCAACAGACACUGGGGAAAAAAUGCAACAUUCAGCAGGACAAUAACCUAAAACACAAGGCCAAAUAUACACUGGAGUUGCUUACUAAGACUGCAUUGAAUGUUCCUAAGUGGCCUAGUUACAGUUUUGACUUAAAUCGGCUUGAAAAUCUACAGCAAGACUUGAAAAUGUCUGUCUAGCAAUGAUCAACAACCAACUUGACAGAGCUUGAAGAAUUUUUUUAAGAACAUUGUGCAUAUAUUGUGCAAUGCAGUUGUGCAAAGCUCUUAGAGAUUUACCCAGAAAGACUCAUAGCUGUAAUCGCUGCCAAAGGUGAUUCUAACAUGUAUUGACUCAGGGGUGUGAUUACUUAUGUAAAUUAAGAUAUUUCUGUAUUUAUAAAUGUGCAAACAUUUCUAAAACAUGUUUUCACUUUGUCAUUAUGAGGUAUUGUGUGUAGACAGGUGAGAAAAAACAUAUAUAUUCAGGUUGUAACACAACAAAAUGUGGAAGGGGUAUGAAUACUUUCUGAAGGCUCUGUAUCUUUCUGUGCUUAUGGGAGGAGAGGAGUAUACUGUAUAUACCGAUAAAGAAACAUGCUAAACCACAUCUGUUAUCCAACCCUGUAACUGUACAACUUGAACUAUUGUGAUAUAACUCCCUUUGCUCCUCAUUUACCGAUCCUCUACCCUCCCCUCCUCAUGUUCUGCUUAUUCAUACUCCAUACAUUUAACCACAACAGGUAUUUUGAAUUGGGUAUAAAUACAACAUUAUAUGUCAAACUGAAUGUCCUUUCUUUAUCACAGACAAUGGUUUAGAGCACUAUU